AUGGCUGGCAGGCUGCAGCCAAGAUGUGGCCUGUCCGUGUCCAUCCUGUGUGUCCUGGUGGCCUUGGCCAAUGCCCGCAGCAUUCCCUACUACCCGCCGCUCUCCAGCGACCUGGUCAACCACAUCAACAAGCUCAACACCACCUGGAAGGCAGGACACAACUUCCACAACACUGACAUGAGCUACGUGAAGAAGCUCUGUGGCACUUUCCUAGGUGGGCCCAAGCUCCCCGAGAGGGUAGAUUUCGCUGCGGAUCUGGACUUGCCAGAUAACUUCGACUCGCGGAAGCAGUGGCCCAACUGUCCCACCAUCAGCGAGAUAAGAGACCAGGGCUCCUGUGGCUCUUGCUGGGCCUUUGGUGCUGUAGAAGCCAUUUCGGACAGGAUCUGUGUCCACACAAACGCCAAGGUGAGCGUGGAGGUGUCGGCGGAGGACUUGCUGUCGUGCUGCGGCUUCGAAUGCGGCAUGGGGUGCAAUGGUGGUUACCCCUCUGGUGCGUGGAGGUACUGGACAGAGCGGGGCCUCGUGUCUGGGGGCCUCUACGACUCCCACGUGGGCUGCCGUCCCUACUCCAUUCCACCCUGUGAGCACCACGUCAACGGCUCCCGGCCACCGUGCACCGGGGAGGGAGGAGAAACCCCCAGGUGCAGCCGGCACUGCGAGCCUGGCUACUCACCCUCGUACAAGGAGGACAAGCACUAUGGCAUCACGUCCUACGGCGUCCCUCACAGCGAGAAGGAAAUCAUGGCUGAGAUCUACAAGAACGGACCGGUGGAAGGAGCCUUUAUCGUCUACGAGGACUUCCUGAUGUACAAGUCUGGCGUGUACCAGCACGUGUCCGGCGAGCAGGUCGGAGGCCAUGCAAUCCGGAUCUUGGGCUGGGGGGUCGAAAACGGGACCCCCUACUGGCUGGCUGCCAACUCGUGGAACACCGACUGGGGGGAUAACGGCUUCUUCAAAAUCCUCCGAGGUGAGGACCACUGCGGCAUCGAGUCCGAAAUCGUGGCCGGCAUCCCCCGGACGGAGCAAUACUGGAAGAGGAUGUAACCAACCUCGUGCAUCACUGCUGAGUUGAUCAAACCACAAAUAAUCCCGAGUCCCCGAUGCUUUUAACCGAUAGCGGGUUGGGCGCAGAGCCCCCUCUCUAAGAGACGAUAGUUGAAGUUACUUUAUUAAAGCUUUUUAUCUUUUUUUUUUUUGUUUUUUCAAUUUUUAUUUUUUAGUUGUAUGAUGGAGCCGGAGGUGGCAGGCCCUGUACUGGUGCCAGCUGCCGUCUGCAAGCCCCCUGCUCCUGGUGGGUCGCAGCUGGGGGCACUCCCCUCUCAAAAGGACUGCUGGGGGGCUUGCUGGCCUCUUUGUGCUGUUUUUUGGCUAGCCCAGACCCCUUCCAGCCCAGUUUGUUACUGGGAAGGGAGGGAAGCAGUAGCUUUGUGUUGGGAGCAGGAAUUUGGUGGGGCAGCAGAGACGGAGGCUGCUGGCAAAUCCAGGCAUGGCUUGUGCACCCAGGGCUGGGGCGGUCUGACUGGUAGCAGGGUAGGCGAGGGAGUGUGUGCCUUGUGGAAUUGGCUAAACGUAGUCCUGUUAGCGACAAAAUACUGAUGAACUUGACGUGGGGCUGCCUACAGCCCCUUCUGCCUGUGACACGUCCUUUCUGCAUCGCUUGCUCUGCUCCAUUAUUUCGGCUGCUUUUUAAACCACUCGUUCCUCAGCUGCUGUUGUUUUUUAUUAUUUUUUUUAUUAUUUUUUUUUCUGCUGUAAUCUGGGGUUAUUGAUCCUAGGGAAAGGCCUGGCUGGAGCUCCGUGAGCUUUGUUCAAAUGUCCUGCAGCAUUCAGGAGCACACUGGGAAGGGCUAACUGCUUUUGGCUAGGGCUACGCAGCUCAGGCCAUGCCUUGGUCUCUCUGGUGUUGUAUUUUGGGACUGCAGGUGAUGUUCUCCAGGUCUGCCACAGGGAGCUCAUGCAGAUGCUUGGAGGUAUCUGGCAAACUUGCACGCAACUGAAGCUUUCUUUGAGCCACAGGUGGCAAGGAAGUUAAAAAAAAAAAUCUUAUUUUUGUUAUUGGGGCAAGUGUAAUAGCAGUGUAGGAGGAAUCAUGCGAUUUGCCAACACUAAUAUAGUGAAAGAGCUUUUUAUUUUCUUUUAGAGCACAAAGUAUAUUGCUGAGCUAAUGCUACAGGGCUGAAAUAAGUGAAGCAGGCUCUCCCUUGUACUGUAAAAUAGCCCCUUACCUCUGCAUCCUGAACCAGUGAGACAGCUUUGGUGUGUGUGAAUGAAACAACCGUGCCAAUAAACGAUUUCUCCAAUA